AUGGCAAAACAGAGGCUAUUCCUUUGGCUUCGACGUCUGCACCAGCCGCCCGGCUAUCAGGGCGCGUGGUCCUCCGGCUUAUGCAAUUACCUGGUCACGGGCACCGGGUUUGCCCUCGCGCUCUUCUGGUCGUUUAGUCGGCGGCAGGAACCGAGUCUAGAGGAGCGUAUCAAAGAGCAGAUGCACACCGCCUUCGGUCUCAUCAAGGACCAAAAGCUGGCCGAGGCAGACGCCCAAUUGCACGCUCUGCUGCUGACCGUCGACGAGGCAACUCGCGCCGGGGCACAAACCAAUGAGCAGUGGCUGCAGCGACGAGCACGCGUCUACUCUGAGCUGGCCAAUCUGAAACUGAUGCAGAAGGAGUACGCGGCUGCGGAGAGGCUGUUUGUGCACACCAUUCGUGACUGCACGGCCUCCGGUGUGCCGCCCGGCUCGCCCAUGAUCAUCGAACUCUCCCUC